CUGUAGUAAGUCUCCGAAUUGCCAUGUGAAAGACUGGUGAGAAGGUGUCUAUCUCUCACCUCAGCUCAGUCAUCAUCUUGAGCAUUAUUUCUUGAGUUCUUCAUUCAAUAGUCUAGGAUGAAGUUAGAGAAAGAGCACCGACGACAAUGACUCGUAGCCAAGCAAAUUCGGAGGGCCCAACUCCGACCAUCGCAACAGAGAGGGAAUGGUGUAACAACACUUCUUCAUCGUGAACGACCCCCAUAGCCAAAAGGAACUGCUUGCAUACAUCUGACAUACACUGAGUCAAUCGUGGCCAUGCCCAGCCAUUUUCAUUGGUUGCUCCUGUGAGGAAAAACUGCGAUGUCCCCGGAUUCAGCUCAAAACACACUCACUCAUAGACGAUCCGAUGGUAGGUAGUGAAAAGCAACACAUGACCUGUAACGCUGCACUUCUGCUCCCACAUUGGGGACUUUGGUGCUUCCUGGGUGAUUCAUCAGCUGUCGUGCACUGUACAAGCAAAGAUUUGCUUCAAUUUCUUCAGUGCUGCUGCCAGUCACCCAAUUCCCACGGCGAAGUCCUCGGUCGUUGGGACAUCGCGCACUUGUACCGGCCUGUCAAGACACAUCUCAUUCGGUGGCGCAGCUCAGACUCUACUCCAGAUUUUGAGUCUGCCGCCUCCCACGUAAUCCAGAAGACAAUUAUCUACCCCUCCGUCUGUACCGAUAAACAUCGAUUUGCACGUGUGACGAAGAGGUCGAAUUGUGCCUCUCAUCUCUAUCCUCCCUAUAUUGUGCAUAUUGAGACACGCAGCUCGUUUUCCGCCACUCGAUGUUUUGCCUAUAACAAGUGGAGCGGAGUCCUUCAUCUCCUUGGUCAAUUUGUUGCGCCGAGUCAAAUCAAACGUUCUACAUUUCAUCCCACGUCUAGCUUCCACGGUUUUAUGAUACAGGACAUCCGGACUUUUUCCAAACGCGUCCUUCUCUGAGGAACACAAAAUCACGGCGACCGCAAAUACAGCCACGGUUACGUGCAGCAGUCGAGUGCCACAUUCCUCCUCCACGGUAGCCUUGCAGCGGUUGGGCUUCUGUUUUGACAUAUCCGGCGUCUGUGAAGGCUUG